ACAAAAAGCAAGAAUCAAACCAAGAACUUCCACAUUGUAGAUAUUGUGUUUUAUUCACCAGUCCACUGCUCUAACCUGACUUCUUUACAUAGUUUAUGACGAGUUUUCUGACCUUAUCCAUACUUUAUCAUAUUCUUCGUGACAUACAGUCAGACUGAUCCAGGACAAAACCAAAUUAUUUACAAAAACUCUAUGACCCUGCUCUUUCAAGGGGCCAACCUCACCUGCUGCUUUAUGUCUUUGUCCUGAUGGCAAACAUCUGCACGUCCUGUUUCCAAAUGCAACAACCUUCCUCUCAGUCAGAUAAGCUGGCCGGCCUUGACAGGGGAGACGUAGAACUAACAUUUAACACAGUUUGAAAUGUCAAGAGGAACUAAGGAAGAAAUGCGUUCAUACUUUCUCCAGAAAUCCAGCCCUCUGCACCCUUCCUGAAUGUAAAGAAAACUUAGAAGGGCUUCCACAAGAAAUAGCCUUCAUUCUGCAGACUUUCAUGAAUGCUUUUGCAGACAUUGUAAACAGAGAUUGCGGUUUGGACGAUGUUUCUGUUUACCAAGUGGAAAGUAAUCGCCUUUACCUCUGCUGUGUUGGAGAGAACUUGAAGUUCCAUUAAGUUUUAGUGCUUGGAGACUGCUCUCUGGCUUGAUUACAGGGUGGCCCAAUGAACUGUUUAGCCUGAGGACCAAAGAUCACAGGCCUUAAUCCAACAGCAAGGGGAAAGAAGAGAGAGAGAGAGGAGCGUGAUCAUUUUGCAUCUGUUCUCCAACUUCACAUUAUAAUAUGAACUGGGAUUGAGGACUUGCCUCGUCGUUUCAUUUUGUGGUGUGAAAAAGGUAAGGUUGAAAUCAACAUGGAUGUCAAGAAAAAAGAAAUGGACCUCCUGAGCAACACCAUAGCUGCAUAUGCACACAUCAAAGCAAAUCCAGAGAGCUUUGGUCUUUACUUUGUGCUGGGAGUCUGCUUUGGCCUGGUGCUGACACUCUGCCUCCUGGUAAUCCGCAUCUCUUGUAAGCCACGGACCAACGUCGCUCCCUCCACGCCUGAGAAAAAACACUUAAAGGACAUCAGUGAGGAGGAUGAGGAGAGUGAGGAUGAUGAAGACGAAGAAGGGGAUGAUGUGGAGGCACCCAUCGCUUUGCCCAGCACAGAAAUCCCUGUUGGUAAUCAUACCACCCAGUCAGAUGGGACACUAAGCGUGAACGUAUUUACUUCCGCUGAGGAGCUUGAACGUGCACAGCGGCUGGAGGAGAGGGAACGAAUCAUCCGCGAAAUCUGGAGGAAUGGCCAGCCUGAUAUCCUGGGAACGGGAACGGGGACUAUUGGAAGAGUGCAUUACUACUAAGCUACACGAGGCUACAAGGGAAACACUGAACUCUGUAAUAGAGCAAUGUAGACUUUUGGGUGUGUCCCUAAAGCGUUAGAUAAACAGUGACUUAUAAAAUGAUAAAGCAGUGAUGGUGGCACAUUUUAUUUACUUGGCUCUGAAAGAGCUGGACAAUGAGAUAUUGCACUUCUUACGUAGCAAUUUCAAACUGACCACAUGAAAUUAAACCAAGAGAUGUCUUAAUGACUGGUUAAUCAUUAUGGAAAAGAUGUGGUAUGAAUCUGGAGCUGAUGGACCCUUGAAAUCCACCAGUCUAUUAAAACAUGGUGCUUAAUGGUAGAAAGGAACACAAGGUUUGUGUAUUUAACGACUGAAAAAUGAAAGCAUUAAUUAGCGCAGUGUACUGUUUGUUGCAAUGACGAUUAUUUGUUUGCAGUGAAAACACUUCCCAAGACUGAUGAUGUCGUGGAGAAAACUCAAAAAAGCUCUAGAAAUCACCCCAAAGAGUAAAAAGGAAAUUUCAUGCACAUAUCAAACAGGGGAUACAGAUACAUAUACACACAGAUUGUCAUGUAAAACAGUUAAAACUGGUUUGCUUCAUUUAUGAGCACAUUAUAUCCAUGCCUAUGUUUUUAUGUUUUCAGGGAUAAUUUCACCAGAGGAAAUGGCAGAAUUAAAGUAUUAACCUGAAAUAAGUUACUGUUGUUCCUCUUCAUAAUGGUGAACGAACAUGCAGCAGCCUUUCCGUACCUUGGGCCAUUAGAUUUACAAUUAAGAUUUAAAAAAUAAAGAAAGAAUAUCUCAUUUUGUCAUUUUGAUUAAUGGCAAGGACAGCGUUUGUUGUUUGUUAAUUCUCAGUGUAUCUAUGUGCAUCUUGAAAGGCUAAAAGGUUAAAGAAAUAAAGUUUUCCAAUAAAUGUCUGGGAACUCCAAAUAAAGUCUUGGGACAGUUAAUGUUUUUGCAAGCCUGGUUGAGUCAGACAUUAGGUUAGGUAAGAUAUUCUGAUAACAAACAGGACGACUCAGACAGAAAUGACCUCAUUGUCUCUAAAAAGUUGAAGAAGGACUAAAGGAUAGCAGACAAGUCACCGGCUGUAGCCCGUAUCAAGCACACCUUUGUGUGAAGGUUCUCUCUAAAUUGUGAACACCUGCUAUCACAACUGCAGCUUGGAACUCAUCUCCUGUAUUUCCUGUCAGCUACAAGUCCAAGCCAUGGUAUUAAAGGUUGGUUUAAUUGUUUCAA